AUGGCAUUCUCCCAUAACUCAUCCACACAAAUUGCCUCUAAUGAUUUGAGAUUAGCUGUGGGUAGAGGGAAUGGAGAUAUUGAAAUUUGGAAUCCAAAAUUCAACUGGACUCAUGAAUUAACAUUAUUUGGAUCAAGAGGAAGAUCUAUUGAAGGAUUAUGUUGGGCUAUCAAUGAAGGAGACUCCCAACCUCGAUUAUUUUCCAUUGGUGGAUCAACAUAUGUUACAGAAUGGGAUUUAAAAACCGGAUUACCUAAAAUUAAUUAUGAUUGUAAUGUAGGAGUAAUUUGGUCAAUUUCUGUUAAUAACAAUGGUAACAAGUUAGCUGUUGGGUGUGAUGAUGGAUCAGUAGCUAUAAUAGAUAUUUCAGGAGGAUUCGGAUCCAUGGAACAUGAAAUGAUUUGUCAAAGACAAGAACUGAGAGUUUUAAGUAUCAAAUGGUUUGAAAAUUCAGUUAUUGGAGGUUGUGCUGACGGUAGAAUAAGAUGUUGGUCACUCAAUAAAGACGAUAGAGGAAGAAUCGUUGGAACUAUGAGAGUUGAUAAAUCCAAAACUGAAAGUACAUUAGUUUGGUCAAUUAACAUUUUAAGUAAAAGAAAACAAAUUAUUAGUGGAGAUUCUACCGGAUGUAUUAAAAUUUGGGAUUUAGAAACUUUCACUCUUUUACAAAAUUUCACUACUCAUGAAGCUGAUGUUUUAUGUAUUGUUAAUGAUUUUAAUGAAGAAAAAUUUUUCACAGCAGGUGUUGAUAGAAAGAUUCAUCAAUUCAAUUUGAUUAAUUUGAAUCAAAAGAAUAAGAAUUCCAAAUGGUCUCAUACUUAUAAUAGAUUAUUACAUUCCAAUGAUGUAAGAACUAUGGUAAGUUUCGAAAGUAAAGGGUAUAAUUUAUUGGUAUCAGGGGGAGUUGAAAAAUCUAUAGUAAUUCAAUCAGUUAAUCAAUUUAAUGAUGGUCAUUAUAGAAAAUUAUCAUUGAACCAACAAAUAUCUAAUAUAUUGAUCAAUCAGUUAAAUAAUUUGAUAAUAAUGUGGCAAGAUCAAACAGUUAAGAUUUGGAAAAUCCAAUCCAAUACCAAAUAUAAGUUGGUAGCUAAAUUAUCAUUAAAUGAUGAUGAAAACAUUUCUCAUGUUACCAUUAAUGAUGAAGGUACAUUAUUAAGUGUUUCAACCAUGAGUUCUGUCAAAGUGUUUGAACUCAUUCAUAAUUCAAAGAAAAUCCUAGUACAAAAGUUUAAAGAUGAACAAUUCAAUUCUAUCAUAAGUUCAUGUAAACAAUCGAUCAUUUAUAACACUAAUAAAUUCUUAAUAUUAACUAAUAAUGAUGAACUUUAUCAAUUCCAAAUUGACAUUUCCAACAAAACCAUUGAAUUAAUCAAUGAAGUUGAAUUUGAAGAAUCUUCUGAUCAAAGUUUAACAUAUUUGAAUAACAUCAAAAACAUGAAACUUAAUCAUCAACAAGAUAAAUUGGCUAUUUCAAGAUUUAAUGGAAUUAUUGAAAUCGUUGAUUUAAAUGAUUUAAGUUCAAUCAAAUUAACUACUUUAGAGAAUAUUCCUCAUUUGAUUGAAUUCUCUAAUAACGAUACUUUAAUAGUAUUGAGUGAAGAUAAUAAGAUAUUUGAAUUUAACAUAGAAAAAUCAAAAGAUUUAUUAACUUCAUGGUCCAAGAGAAAUAGUGAUUUCUUACCAAAACAAUUUUUAUCAUUAAAAGAUAAACCUGAAGGGAUGUUUGUUGAUAAUAAUAAAAUAUGGAUUUAUGGUAAAGAAUUUUUAUGUUAUUUUGAUUUAAAUUUGAAUAUUCCAAUAAGUAAAAUGUAUAAAAACACUGGAAUUUCAAAGAAAAGAAAUAGAGAUGGUUUAACCAUUGAAGAUGAUGAAGAUGAUGAAGAAAUUGAUGAUGAUUCAAUUGAAUCUUCAUUAAAACAAAAUCAAAUUAAUAGAUUAAGACAACAAUUUCAAAAUGAACCAAUACAAGAUGAUGAAAAACCUUUCUGGAUAAAUUUGAAUUAUAGAUCAAUCUUAUUUGUUAACAAAUUAUCAUCAGAUCUUAUAAUUAUUGAAAGACCAAUAAGUAAUAAUACACCAGCAUUUAAUCUACCAAAGAUUAAAGUAUAA